GACAUUAUGUUUUACGAGCCGGGGAAAACGGAUCACGGGCUUCCUCAUGAUCCUUUCAAGGCCUGCGUCGUCCCCCGCCCCAUCGGCUGGAUAUCGACCCUCUCGCCAACCGGCACGGCAAACCUAGCCCCCUACUCGCAAUUCAACAACCUAACCUUCGACCCGCCGUACGUAAUGUUCAGCGCGAACCAAACGACAACGAACCAGAAAAAGGACAGCGUGCGCAACGCAGAAGACACGGGCGUGUUUUGCUGGAGUCUCGCGACGUGGGAGCUGCGGGAGCAAGUCAACCUGACGAGCGAGCAGGUCGAGUACGGGGUCGAUGAGUUUGAGCGCGCGGGGCUGGAGAUGCAGGAUAGUGUGUUGGACGAGUUGGAGAUUGAGGUUGGCAAGGGGGUCCGGAAACGCGUGCCCAUGGUGAAGAGGUCGCCGGUGAAGUUUGAGUGUGUUUAUUAUAGCACGUUGAGGUUACCUGGGAAUCCGCCCAUGGGCUCGGCGGAUGUGGUGAUUGGGCGUGUGGUCGGGGUUCAUGUGGAUGAGAGUGCGUUGACGGAUGGGAAGAUUGAUGUUGCGAAGACGGUGCCGAUUGCGAGGUGUGGGUAUAUGUCGUAUGCGGCUGUGAGGGAAACGUUUGAUAUGGUGCCGCCCGGAGAUAAUAAUAUGCUGCUUGCUGGGUUGGAAGGUAGCGUAAAGAAGCACAGAGAAAUGCUGGAGAGAAACACAGAAGAAUCGGAGAAGGCGGCUAAAUCGAAAUGA